AUGGAGUUCCUACUGGUGCAGUGUUAUCUUUAUUGGUUAUCUGAGGUUGCUCAUUAUGGUGAUUUUACUGAUUAUUUCAGCAUGGAGUUCUGGUCUAAAAAUGGCAAGUAUGAUGAGUACAUGUAUCACCUUCUCCUUUGUGAGGUUGCAUGGUCCGAGUUUCCAGAGUAUCUAGGCGGCUUGGGAUUUAAUUGUGUUUGCUGCUUUGCCGGUUCAUAUGGCAGUUCUUCACAGAUAUGGUUCCUUGCUUUUCCGUCGUUCCUGGAGUUGUUGCUCAUGAUUAAUGAACUUCUUCACCCACCUGAGGCACAUUUCUGUGAAGUUGUUCUUGUUGGUGCACUCUCUUUGUGCGUGUUAGCAGUACUUUGCUCUGUUGUGCUUGGCAACUUGGGAUCUGUGUGUAAGCUUCUGGAGCCUUCUACCGACUUUGUACUUACAGAAUUUAUAGUACUUAAGUCCGUUCCUUGCAGAAUUGGUGGACCAUGGCUAGGGGAAAGGAAAGAUAAAGGGCAACUUGAGGUUAUUCAAUUUGGUCAAGUCAUUGAUAAAUGUGUUUGGAAUCUUCGGAUUGUUGGGUUGCGUUGUUGCAAGAGAGUGUCUGCUCUCAUCCUUAUUAUAGGAAUGUUGGGGGAAGGCUAUGCUUUUGGAGGAGCUGCUGCAGAUUCAACUGGACAGUGA